AUGGAAGCCGUAGAAAUUAUACCUCGCGUGUUUCCUGACUUGAGCUUUAUCCACGUCGCCGAUUUUAUCCACCAGCUCCGGACCUCGCGAAAGCGCAUCGUCGUGCUGAAGCUCGCUUCGAUUCUUGCUCUCGCUGCUAGAAUCAGCCCGUCGCUCCUCGCGGAUCCCAAGCGCUCGCGAUGCCUUAGCCAACAGCUCUCGGCCUAUACGCAGCAAAAUCUAUGGCCAGGGCUGGUGCAGGAGCCGGACACGGAUACCAUGCACUGUCUGCUGCUCACUGCGCAGUACGAGUGGGGAGAUGGCAAUGGCUUCGCAGCUUGGAUGUAUUCGGGGCGCCCCAGCAGCCUCGAUCGUGCGUCGCUCAAGAUCAAUCUGCCAUGUACCGAUGACGAAUUUGACCUUGGUGUGCCGGCUGCAAACCCUCUCACGUACUCCCAGCUUCUGAGUACGAAUGCCGAGAGCCUAGGGAGAAAAUUCACCAUUGCCGACCAUAGUGCCGUCAUCGUGAGAAGUGGAGAUAUCUGGUUCCGUGCCUGCAAGUGGGUGGCGGAAGGGGGCCGCCGCAAGUCGUCGGUUGUGAAUAGUUGUCCAUGGGAGACGGAUUCAGAAUGGCACCAGAUCAAGACCGAGAUCUUUGAGUGGCGGAGGAUGUUGGACAGCAGCAUUAAAUACCCGCAAACACCGGUGGCAGUUUAUGUUCGCCGGCGUCAAGCUGAGUCAUUCGCCUUUAUCAAUCUGAUCCACUAUCUAAGUAUCCUCAUGAUUUAUCGAGAGUAUCUUCCAUUUGUACCCAAAGACCGCAAUGAGGUGAUCUGCGGCCCCAUCCAACCGCCGCUACUCCUCAGGCAAGCGCCUCAGGGUUGGUGGCAGGAGUACUACGACAUCCUGUUCGACUCCUCCACACGCAUUACCCAGAUCAUCACAGAGCUUGAGGAUGCCCACAUCUCUCUUCUGACACCGCAUACCGGGUAUUGCGUAUUCUCCGCUGCCAGCAUGAACGUGUACCGCUCGGCGUUUCCUUGGGCUGACCCCGGUAACGCGAGACGACCAGAUGCUACGGAGCUGAAGCGGCGGGAUUUGGACUUUUGA